AUGGAGCAUUUACCCCUGCAAGACAUGAAGGGCUUUCUGUUCCUCACACUCCUCCUGAUGCCCGUGCCUGCUGGAGCUGCUUGGAAUGCGAAAUACGCAGUAGAUUGCCCUGAUCCCUGUGACAGUAAUGCAUGCAAAAGUACCGCACGCUGUAAGCGAACGGUGCUGGAUGACUGUGGCUGCUGCAGAGUGUGUGCAGCUGCUCUGGGGGAGACUUGCUAUCGUACUGUCUCGGGUAUGGAUGGUGUCAAGUGUGGUCCUGGGCUGAAGUGCCAGUUUUAUACUGAGGAGGAUGACUUUGGUGAUGAAUUUGGUAUCUGCAAAGAGUGUCCCUAUGGUAGCUAUGGAAUGGAAUGCAGGAAAGCCUGCAACUGUCCCUCUGGCAUCUGUGACAGAGUAACAGGGAAGUGUCUGAAGUUCCCGUUUUUUCAACUGUCUGCUUCAAAGCCUCCAAAUCGACGAAAAAUAUCUUCACACACAGACAAUGACAUGGCAUCAGGGGAUGGAAAUUCUGUAAAAGAGGAAUUCGUUAAAGAGAAAGUUAUUCGCUCUCCAGUAAUGAAAUGGCUAAAUCCUCGCUGAUAUUUACUUACACUUGUAAGACUUUCAAGUGAAUGCAUUUCUCACAGAUUAUUGAAUACGCAACAACACACUUUAAGAGCAAAGUAGAUCUAUAAUGUAUGAAUAUGUAAUCUCUGAAGCUCAAAUGUGACCUGUUUUUAAUGAGAAAAAUGUUUACUUAAAAAUAGACUGUACAGUGUAUAUGACUUUUGAUAUUUGUUUUGAUAAGUAUUUGAACAGAGAAAUGUAUUGUGGCUUAUUGAAUGUAUAGUAAUGCUGAAAACCCAACAUGAUCAUUUAAAUAGUGCCAGAGGCUGACUCUUGCCGACCUGGUGCUGGCAAAGCUCUCACUGAAUGAAGGGAACAGUUUGGGUGAGUGAUACUAUUGCUGUGGAACCACCGUGAAAGAAACACAUAUAAACAACACCUCAGAUGGAAGGAACACCCCUGUUUAGUAACAAUAAUAACAACAAAAGCGCAAUAGUGUAUAUUAAAUAAACCAAUAUUAGUUGUUAAAAAAUUUCUAGUUUUUGGAAGUUGGUGACAAUUCCUUGGAGACAAAUAUGCCUUUGUUCAGAGAGAAAACAUCCAGCACUUCAGUUUAUACAUUGUGAAUAACUUAGGCAAGACACUGCAGAUAUAUAUUGUAUUUAGUUGAAUUUCUAAAGUUAAAUUUUGUACAGAGAAACAGCAGAUUGGUAAAUUCUACCGAUUUGUAGAAGGGGAUCUGAAACAAAAAAAGCUGCUUAUCAUUAUUUAAAUAUAUAUGUUUUUAUAAACCAGCUAGUUGGUGUCAUUAAGGUGAUAUCUGCAUUUCUUCUGGAAGAAUAGUGAGAGGCCAGCAAAAGGACCUUCAUGCUUUCUAUUUUCACUGCUGGCUAUGGCCCAGAUGUGACUCACAGGGAGUUUAUUUGAACCAGGAAAGUCUUGGACCCUCAGCAAGUGAUAAUGCAGCACAGAUUACAGUAUUUUGGUACCCAGUCCUUUGUUUCUCAAUUGCAUGAGCAAGUGGUCCCAUUUCAGCCAGAAGAAAAACUUAAAUGUGUUAGAGUGUUGCAGGAAUGGGCAGCCCCUCAUUCAGUCUAAGCUGGAUGAUACACAUGGAAUUCAAAAAUCACCAUUGAGAAGGGCUUGCUAACAUGUCUGAAAACAAACAGAUCCACAGAUAAAAACUGAUGUUGCUGUGUUAGGGUGAACCUAAAUGCCAUGAGUUUAGGAGCAACCUUGUAACACAGAGCACUCUCAUCGGAAGUGUGGCUUGAUUUUAACAUUUCCUUUGAAAUCAACCUUUGACAAUGACUGCAGUUAAAGAAGGAACACACAGUACAACAGCCAGAGUUUUGUUCAGGAUCUGAAAGCAUGCUUUUAAAACUAUGAACAACAGAAGCACUGAUGCCUUUAAAGAGAUCCAAAGUCAACAUCUGUGAAAGCAGGAUGUUUUCACCUGGGAAAGCAGGCAUGAAUCAUGCUGAUUUGGAACAAGAGGAUGAUGAUAGUAGUAGACAUCCAAAUGUCAUGCUGAAAGUGCGGGUUCUCUUGCAAUGAUUAUUGGAGACAUACAAACAUAAAUCUCAAACUAGCAUAAUACCACAUUUUAACCAGUAUUGAAUGUUAGGUUCUGAGAGGGAAUAAUGUUAUCUUGGGCUAUUUACUAGCAAGUGAAUUGAUUCUAAUCUACUGAUAUCAAAAGUAAUUUUUUUCUCAAUUUCAGUGAGAGCAGGAUCAAACUCAUGUCUUCCAGCAGACUGAUGAGGAAUAUUUAAAGAAUGUAGUAAAUACCGCAUACAUUAUUAAUAUUUUGCAACAGUGUCAUAAAUGACGAGUUCUUGAAUGUAAAUCUAAUAAGUCAGUUGGUUUUAAAAAGUGUAAUAUUAUUAUUGUUCAAUAAAAAACCCCAACAACUGAAAGCA